AUUUAUAUUUUUGUCAGUUGUUAUAAUGAAUCACAGCGCACUCCAGUGUAGUUGUUUAACUUAUAUUAUCUCCUAACUUUUAUAAAAUACAAAAAGUAUUGAACUUGUAAGUCUUUAAGCUAUAAAAGAAUUUGGCGUGAUAGGGAAUUAUUUUAAUAAAAGUGUAUUUAUCCUAAAAAAAUAAAUGUUUUUUAAAGCGUUUUACUUUUAUCUAUUAUCUACUAUUGAAGAAUAAAAUACUUACGUAUAAUUUGCAUUCGGUGAACUCAUGUAAAUUUCAUAAAAAAUGGUAUUAUUUCGUAUACCCUCGUUACAUUGUCACAUAUUGUAUAAUGAUUAGUUUGACAGAUAAAUAACAGUGAAAGAGACAUAUCAUCGUCGGACAAGAGUUUGAAGAGUUUGAAAGAAAACGUUAAUGUAAAUGCGUUUACGAUAGACCUGUAACAAAAAGUUUUACAUUUUAAAAACUUUUUUGAUAACAGACAUAUUCUCAAUUAUUGCAGGAAUCUACACUCAGCGUACAUAGACAAAAACGCAUUAUAAUACGAAGUUUGUCAUUUAAAAAUGGAUCGACGCCGAAAACCUAAGAAAAAGUUAAAAGAUUUCGGUAGAGAGUAUUUUUUGAACAUUUCUGUCAAUGCAUUAAAACACAUAAUCCGAGCCAAAAACGUCGGCGAACGAAGAUUUUGGCUGGUAAUGUUCACAAUCGCCUUAUUUGGCACCGGAUUUUGUGUCUUGGAAGUAUGGAAAGUCUACGAGUCCAGUUUCACCAAAACCAUUAUAUUGUCUACAUCAUAUUCGUACGCCCAGACACCGUUUCCUUCAGUGACUAUUUGCGAACCGAGUAGAGUAUAUGGUCCCGCUAUCAAAACCCUGUAUAACAAUUCUUUGGACCGACCAGGUUCAUAUGACGAAGCGGUUUUCAAAAUAAUGGCAAGCUUAGCUACUAUCCGUUUACCAUUGUUCGAAGAUUUUAUAGAAAUAAAAAAUUUUGAAAAACACUACGGUGAGCUCAACAAACUCAACAUCAGCGAUAUGCUAUUGAAGGCGGUCCGUCCGUGCGAUACCAUAUUCGACUCACUAUGCUGGUGGCGUAAUAGUUAUUACAACUGUUGCGAUCUCUUCGAAAUCCAAAAAACCUGUUACGGUUACUGUUACAGUUUCAACUCUGACGUAUCCGAAUACAGUAAACGAAAAACGCAGUUUUACGGGAUGCACGGAGACUUGAAUAAGUUCUGGGUUGAUGAAGAUAAACAGGGUAUAUUCAGGAGACCAAGGAGGACUGGUGGAAAUGGUCCGUGGUCUGGAUUGUGGUUUUCCAUGCGUGCUCAAAAGAUUCCACCCUAUAUCAACGCCAAAAGUGGAUUAGUGGUUAUGAUUAGGGAUCCGAGUGCUUUGCCGAUUGAUCGAGGAAUGAUGGUGGCCAAAGGUACCAGCGGCUAUAUAAAAGUGUGGGGUGAUAAGGUGAUUCCGACAAAACGUCUCAUACGUGUGAAACCCGAAAAAAGACACUGUCUGUACCCCAACGAAAAGACCUACUUGGGACGAGGCUAUUUGAGGUCAAACUGUUUAUUCAACUGUUACCAACGGUUUAUGUUUCAUGAUUGCAAGUGCGUGCCGAGUUUCUAUUAUUUUCACUACGAAAAAGAUCUUCCCUAUCCCGAGUGCAACGUAGAAGGACUCGUAUGCUUAGCUGAACAUUCAUUAAGCUUCAUCAACAUCGUAGCCCGUGACAAAAAUUUAUCUUCAAAUCUCAGAUGCAACUGUCCAGGUGAUUGUCACAGUCAAAAGUACCAGUCUAACAUCGUUGUGCUAAAUGAAACAUCGCGCGCUGACCAAAUUACGAUUGACGUUUUCUUUCACAGGUCUACGUGUUUUCUGUACGAAACGGAUUUAGUGUUUGACUUUAUGAAUGCUUUGGUUGGCUAUGGAGGAGUUUGUGGACUUUUUCUCGGCGCAUCGUUGAUCAGUGCUGUUGAGUUUAUAAAUUUUAUGACGUUUCGUUUGUAUGAUUAUUGGUUGAACCGUCGAUCUCGAAACAAAAUUAUCCAACGUUUCAUUCAUUGAAAUUUUUAUCAGUUACAGUCAAUUUUUUAAUUAAA